ACCAGAAUACGGGUGGGGGAAAAAACAACACGGUUCACUUUAAAAUAGAGUGAGUGUUUUAGCUCCCUACGUUCAGCACACAGUCAUGGAGCUCGGUUAUAGCAGCUCAGGCUUUUCGUUUUGGGUAAAAGCGAUCAUUGUGUUCUCUGUGUUGGUGGCUGCUAAUGCAUCUAGUGAGAACGCUAAAACAGUGGAGUUCAACGUUAAACCGGGAGGUGUGGUGCAUUCAUUUUCUGAGAAAAUUAAAGAGUAUGAAUGCACAUUUACCUAUGCUUCUCAAGGAGGUACCAAUGAGCAAUGGCAGAUGAGUGUGGGUUUGAGUGACGAUGACAGGCUCUUCUCUUGCUCAGUAUGGAGGCCCCAAGGGAAAUCCUACUUGUUUUUCACACAGUUCAAAGCCGAGAUUAAAGGAGCGAAGAUUGAAUACGCCAGUGCAUAUUCCCAGGCGGCUGUAGGAGGCUUAAAGGAUGUGGCUCUGAAGGAAGAAGAGUACAUAAUUGGUGACUCCACAGUGACUCACAAAGAUGGAAAAUUCCGGGCUGAACUCUCCAAACUGACCAUCAUUGGUAGGACACGUCAUGACGAGCUCUGAUUGGUUGAACUCUGAGACGCUUACCCUUAGAAAAAGCAGAAUAAAUGGAGGGAUGUGGCUCAAGUCCUGGAAACUCUGUUACUGAACUGUUCCCUGACAUCGCUGAGCAACAGAGAUUUAGCCAGAAGAAGCGAUGAAAGAUGUCCUUUUUUCUUCUUGUUGUUGGAUUCCUCCACUUUCAAAAACAAGCAUUACUGUCAUCUGCUUGUGCCUGAAGGGGAUUUAAAAAAAACAAGACAUUCUACUUUUCUACCACACUUUGGCAUAGAAAUAUAUUUUCAGUUUCUGUUAUCUUUAUCUGGUCAUAGUGUAAACAGAUUUUAAUAAAUAAGUUCAUCUGUUAUCAUGGA